GAGGCAGUCGCAAAGGUUACCAGGUCUAAACAAUGGCAUCAGGCGAGUCACUGUGCUCCUGCGGUCAGCCAUAUGACAACUCCAAGUUUAUGAUACAGUGUGAUAUCUGCAAGGAUUGGCUUCAUGGAAUAUGCGUUGGUCUUCGUGAACACCAAAGCGUGGAUAUUGACAAGUACCACUGCCCACGGUGUGAGCUCAUGUGCGGCCCCUCAAUAUGUAAGACGAACUGGCACCGGCAUGACCCCUACGAGCUGAACGCCGAUGCAAAACCGGUUCAAACUGGAACUCCCAUAUUCAUCAAAGAGCUCCGCUCCCGCCACUUCGAAAGCGCUGAUGACGUCAUCGUUCGACUGCGCGGUCAGCAGUUGACGUUGCCGUACCUGGCCCAGCACGGCUGGGACCGGCCCAUCUUGCUCGACUCACUGGAGGGGCUGGGCAUGCAGCUGCCGCCCGCCAACGCCUUCACCGUCCACGACGUGGAGAACUACGUGGGCUCGGAGCGCGAGGUGGACGUGAUCGACGUCAGCCGGCAGCGCGACAUACACAUCAGCAUGCACGACCUCGCCGAGUACUUCAGCAGCCGGCAGCGUGCAGAGACGCUCAACUGCAUCAGCCUCGAGUUCAGCGGCACCGGGCUGUCAGCGCUGGUCGAAGCGCCCUACAUCGUGCGCAAGCUGUGCUGGGUGACCACGCUGUGGCCGACGCCGUCGCCGGAGGGCGUGGAGAAGCCCACUGUCACCAAGUACGCGCUCAUCAGCGCCGCCGACUCUUACACAGACUUCCACGUGGACUUUGGCGGCACGUCCGUCUGGUACCACGUCCUUCAGGGCGAGAAGAUCUUCUACCUCAUCCGACCGACGGCCUCCAACCUGACAUUGUACCAGCGUUGGCUGAGCUCCCACUCACGCAACUCCACCUUCUUCGGUGACCAGGUGGACGCCUGUCACCGGCUGUCACUGAGGUCCGGCCAGACGCUGCUCAUCCCGUCCGGCUGGAUCCACGCCGUGUACACGCCGCAGGACUCGCUCGUGUUCGGCGGCAACUUUCUCUGCAGCCUGAACGUUCCGCUACAGAUCAGGGUGUACGAGCUGGAGAAGAAGUCGCGCACACCGCUCAAGUUCCGCUUCCCGUCGUUCGAGACGUGCCACUGGCUGGGCAGCCGGCGACUGGUUGAGGAGAUGCGCGACUACGGCGACGCUAACCAGCGCUGCCCGGCCCACCUGGUGCAGGCGGCGCGCGCGCUCGCCUCCGCCCUGCGCUCGUGGGCGCACGACGCCUCGUCGGCGCGGCGCGGUGUCGAGCCCGUUCCGGUCACCAUCAACGCCAGCAAGCUGAUCAAGCAGCUGAACAAGGAGCUGCGCCACGCCGAGAAGUACAGCGCGCAGACGCCGCAGCCGGCGCCGCCGCGGCCCGAGCGCCAGUCGCGCCGCCAGGUCAAGAAGCGGCCGCUCGACGACGACUUCAUCGACAUCUCAGAGCGCUCCGAGUUCGAGACGCUGCUGCAGGAGGCGCGGCCGCUGACGAUCGACGACUCGGCGCGCCGCUACGGCCGCAUCCGCUCCGUCUCCAUGGACAACCCGCUCAAGCUGCGCCUCUCCAUCGACGGCCGGCCGGACCCGGCGCCGGUGGCGAACGGCAUCGAUGAGCUGCUGCGCGCCUCGAGCGUGGCCGACGGCUCGGAGCAGGCGCUGCCGGCCGGCCAGGCGUCGCCGGCCACGCGCGACGCCAUCGUCGGCAUGCUGUCCAUGAGUCGCGCCGUGGUGGCGCCGCCGCCCGUCACCGCCAGCGGCGGCGCGCGGCCGGCCGCGUCCAAGCGCCGCGCGCGCUCCUACUCCUCUGACGAUGAGGCGUACGGCACAGCGCAGGACGACGAGUUCGUGUACCCCUCCCUCGACACUUCAGAUGACGAGCACGUGUUCAAGCCGCGCGGCCGGCGCCGCGGCGCCGACGAGGCCUGGAACCCGAAGGCGCGCGUGCCGCCGCAGCCGAGCACCUCCAGCGCCACGCUCGCCCCGGCGGCGGCCAGCGAAGCUGCCAAACGGCCGAAACCCAAGAAGGGCAUGGCAACUGUAAAGCAACGCCUUGGGAAAAUUCUGAAACUGAACAAAAUGAAGUUUUGAAAGAAGAGUGCUGCCAUCUGAUGUGUUGGAGUAUGUGGUAAAAAACUGAUGUGUUUAUAACAGUUAGGCUUCCUGUGCAGAUUUGUGUAGGCAUUUUGCCGGUAUAUGAUCGCGCUCAUUUCGUGUUGGCGUGCUUGUAGCCACCGUGCUUCAUCUCCAUCUGGCCGUCCGGGGUCCACCUCAAAAGUGUGAUAUUAGUGUACGCGGCGGCACUUCUGAUUGUGCGAGUUGUCACUUGACUCAAAUAUGCAGGGCAUUGAAAUGAAGUGGAUGUGGAUGACACCCAUUGUUCCACGUCCGGUGCCCUUAGUGCGAAAGGUGUCUGUCCAAAUGCAAUGCAUUUUGCAUAGUGAGGUAUAUAUUGAUGUAAUUGCCUUCUCAGAGAUUGCUCCCUUUUCCAAGAGAUGUAUGAAGCGCUCCAUUACAAAAACAUAAAGUUCGCUUGUUUCCCGCAAUGCCGUGGAAAUUUAUGUUGUUUUUUUUUCGGAUCUGAAUUUGUACUCAUAGCAUCACGGUAUAGUAGAAAAACAUCGGAAGAACAAUUUCGAUUCCGCGAUAUCCACAUCUGCGACGUGCGCAGAGUUGUGCACGUUAGCGCCAUCGUGACCUGGGCUUUCUCUAGCUGUGCUGGCUUUUAGUAAUACA